AUGCUUUUGACAGACAACCUUGGCACCUGGUUCGCCACGCACCAAGGCCACGUACCAAGGCCACGAACCAAGGCCACGUACCAAGGCCACGUACCAAUGCCCCUUACCAGUGCCAUGCACCAAGACCACACACCAAGGCCACGUGCCAAGGUCACUUACCAAGGCCACGUACCAAUACCCCACACCAAGUCACACAUCAAGGCCACGUACCAAGGCCACGCACCAAGGCCACGUACCAAGGCCACGUACCAAUACCCCACACCAAGUCACACAUCAAGGCCACGUACCAAUGCCCCUUACCAGUGCCAUGCACCAAGGCCACGUACCAAUGUCACGUGCCAAGGUCACUUACCAAGGCCACGUACCAAUACCCCACACCAAGUCACACAUCAAGGCCACGCACCAAGGCCACGUACCAAGGCCACGUACCAAGGCCACGCACCAAGUCACGCACCAAGGCCACGUACCAAGGCCACGUACCAAGGCCACGUAUUAGAAACGCCACUUACAAAUAUUUACAGAUAA